ACUAGAACCGAUUCGAUUCUUGAGAAACAGUGUGCUCGUAGCUCUCGGCGGGUUCGUGACCAUAAACGUGGUUUCCGCGGCAGCCUUUGGUGCAUUUCGACUCGCUACAGAAGAGAAACGGAAGAAGAGCGGGUUGCCUUGUGGAGCGUGUCGUGGGAAAGGGUUUUACAUAUGCAAACUAUGCAAAGGAGACGCAACGAUAAAAUGGUCGCCAUUGUAUGAUCCUGUUUGUAUCAAUCCAUGUCUUUGCCCUACUUGCGAUGGUCACAGGGUACAAAGAUGUCUCAACUGCUUAGGGAAGGGAUACUGGUGACUCUUUUGAAUCUUCCUUGGGAGGGAAAGGAAGGAAGGGUUUAUCAAUUAGGACUAACACUAGUGCGUCUUCUCAUAGAAACUCAAAUGACUAUGGCGGGUCGCAGAGACAGACUCCAUCACCUCCGCGGAUCUCGAAUAGCGAUCGCUAUCCUCGUCGGAAUCCUCAUCGGUUGCAUCUGCACCGUCUUGUUCCCGGAUGGCUUCUUCAACUCGGGAUCAUCGUUUACAGUUAACGAACAACGCCUUUCGCAGUCUACGACCUCUAAGGUAGGGCAGGCUUCGUGUGAAUCGUCUGAACGGGUCAAAAUGCUCAAAUCAGACUUUGCAUUGAUCUCUGAAAAGAACGCCGAGUUAAGGAAGCAGGUCAGAGAGCUAACAGAGAAGGUGCGGUUAGCUGAACAAGAUACGGAGAAUACAAGGAAACAAGUCUUAGUUUUGGGAACUGAGAUCAAGGCUGGAUCUUUUGGCACCGUCAAGAGUCUCAGAACUAACCCAACCGUGGUUUCCGACGAGUCUUUUAACCCAAGACUAGCAAAGCUAUUAGAGAAAGUAGCUGUUAAUAACGAGAUCAUUGUGGUUCUUGCAAAUUCAAAUGUGAAACCAAUGUUGGAAGUGCAGAUCGCUAGUGUAAAGAGAGUGGGUAUACAAAACUACCUGGUUGUCGCGUUGGAUGAUUCUAUAGAAAAUUUCUGCAAAUCAAACGGAGUUGCCUAUUACACUAGCGGAGGUAAUCACACUGUUUCAGGGCUGAAGUUCCGCGUCUUGAGGGAGUUCUUGCAGCUUGGCUAUGGUGUUCUUCUAUCAAAUGUGGACAUUGUCUUUCUGCAGAACCCUUUUGGUCAUCUUUACAGAGACUCUGACGUGGAGACCACGAGCGAUGGCCAUGACAAUAGCACAGCUUAUGGGUUCAACAAUGGGUUUGAUGAACCAUCCAUGGGAUGGGCUAGGUAUGCUCACACUAUGAGGAUAUGGGUUUUCAAUUCCGGCUUCUUCUACCUAAGACCAACUCUUCCUUCAAUCGAGCUACUCGAUCGCGUGGCGGAUACGCUUUCCAAGGCAGACGCAUGGGACCAAGCGGUUUUCAACGAGCAACUCUUUUACCCUUCGCAUCCUGGAUACACUGGCUUACACGCUUCAAAGAGAGUCAUGGAUAUGUACGAGUUCAUGAACAGUAAGGUCCUUUUCAAGACUGUGAGAAAGGAUCAUGAGCUCAAGAAGUUGAAGCCGGUGAUUGUUCAUUUGAAUUACCAUCCAGAUAAACUCAGUCGAAUGCAAGCUGUGGUGGAGUUUUAUGUUAAUGGGAAACAAGAUGCGCUUGAUAGCUUCCCAGAUGGUUCUGAAUGAUAGAGAGAGAUGAAUGCUUGUUACGCAAGGUAGCUAAAGAAAGAGAGAGAGAGGAAGACAAAGAGAGUGUAAGGUUUUGGACUUAUCUGUGUUUUAUCCACAACAAAGAAGACGUUAAGAAUCUCUUCUCUUUAAUAACGCAAACAUCCCUUUUGUGGCUUCAAUUCAAAUCAAAUGGAACCCCACACUUACCUCU